GCAGACCGUUGGGCGCCCGGCCGAACGUCCUCCCUCAGGCCCUCCCACACCCUAGGAACCGCUGUGGCGGCGGCGACCCAUGUGGGGGUUCGGGCUCCUGCGGUCGCCGCAGCUGCUUCUCCUGCUGCCGCAGCUCGGAAUCGGAGUCGCAGCGUUCAGCUCUCAGGCCAGAACCAUGAACCUGGGCGGCAGCAGCAGCCGCAGCGGCGCGCUCUGCUCUCCGUCAGCCGAGCGGCGCAGGCAGCAGUGCGUGCAGCUGUCCGCGGUGCCGGGAGCCGACCCGCAGCGAGGCAACGAGUUGGUCCUGCUGGCGGCGGCGGUGGCGACCGCCGGGGAGGGACCGGAACGGCGGGACCUCCGUGGGGACCUGGCGAAGGAGGAGCCGCAACCACCGCCCCAGCAUCACGUACUCUAUUUCCCCGGAGAUGUGCAGAAUUACCAUGAAAUUAUGACUCGUCAUCCUGAGAAUUAUCAGUGGGAAAACUGGAGUCUAGAAAAUGUUGCCACCAUUUUAGCCCACCGGUUCCCCAAUAGUUAUAUUUGGGUGAUAAAGUGUUCCCGAAUGCAUUUGCACAAAUUCAGCUGCUAUGACAAUUUUGUGAAAAGCAAUAUGUUUGGUGCUCCAGAACACAAUACUGACUUUGGAGCUUUUAAGCACCUUUAUACGUUAUUAGUUAAUGCUUUUAACUUAAGUCAGAAGAGUUUGCUACCAAAGAAGAAUGUGAAAGAUUUGAAUAAGGACGCCAAAGCAUCUAAUUGUAGAUCCAGUUCUUCUCAUACUACUAAUGGUUGCCGGGGAGAAAAAGAGAGGACCUGUGAAAAAUUUGAUGAGUCUGCCAUGAGUUUUUAUCCACCAUCACUAAAUGGUGCUUCUUUUACUUUGAUUGGAUUCAGUAAAGGUUGUGUUGUUCUGAAUCAGUUGCUUUUUGAAUUGAAAGAAGCCAAGAAAGACAAGAACAUUGAUGCUUUUAUCAAAAGCAUAAAAACAAUGUACUGGCUGGAUGGAGGUCAUUCUGGGGGAAGCAAUACUUGGAUUACUUAUCCAGAAGUCUUGAAAGAAUUUGCACAAACAGGGAUUAUUGUUCACACCCAUGUAACACCUUACCAAGUACAUGAUCCAAUGAGAUCUUGGAUUGGAAAGGAGCACAAGAAAUUUGUUCAGAUACUUGGAGAUUUUGGUAUGCAGGUGACUAGCCAAAUUCAUUUUGCAAACGAAGCUCCUUCCAUAGAGAAUCACUUCAGGGUUCAUGAAGUAUUUUGAGACUGCAGAAUUAUUAAUGCAGAAGAGCAGAAGCACUUUGUGCUAUAAAUUCAGAUAAUGAGAUGUAAUCCAUAGAUGCAUUGUCAGGUUUUUUUUGGUGGGGGGUGGGGGGAAGGAAGCACACAUUCCUAAACUAUGAGUGUAAUGUGAAGUAGUGUUCCUUGCUUGUGAAUGUGGAUAGUUUUUAAUUGGGACUGGGUUAGAAUUAGUUUAUUUGAAAUCCAAAAGGUGGUUUGUGAUAAUCCUACAGGGAGAUACAAGACCCUUAAGAAUGAAAGUUAUAAUAUAGUCCUUAUAAAAGGCAAUUAAGGUUGUUAUUGUUGCAAAUAGUUUAUUUUCUGAGUAAUGUUUAAAGCCAAUUUUGGUGAUACUUUAAGGGUAAUUAGGUAUUUCGGCACUGAAAACUUUUGAGUGGAAACACUGUUUCUCUUCAAACAAAGCGAAGGCACACUGAUGUUUUCCAUCAAUUUGCAAUAACUAUACCCUGCCUCUUAUGUUUAUAAACUUAUGGUGUCAUUCUUCAGUGUGCCAUCAAGUGUUUUUUCUUAAGAGUCAAAAUGUAUUU